AUGAGAAAUCAUGAAAGUCGACUUGCUGGUACUGCUCCAUUCACAGAAGUGAAUGCUGUAAAAUUUCUCCCAACUAAGCGUGAAAGAAGUCCUGAUCCCAGUCAUGGUUGUGGAAGGUAUUUUAAUCAGGGUGAUCGCCUUGCAAUUAAUAAUAACCCUCAGUACCAGCAGUGCAAAAAAAAGGGAGAAGCACCUGAAACAGCACCAAGGACGAACUAUGAAAGUAAAUGUUAUCUAUGUGGAGGAAAGGGUCACUGGUCGCGUCCCUGUUGUACGCCAAAGCAUCUAGUAAAACUUUGUCAGGCGACCCUUAAGAAAGCAGAAAAAGAUGUUGAAGAAAACUUCCUCUUUGAAGAUAAUACUGAGCCCAUAAACUUGGAAGUUUCAGAUUUCUUUGUAGUUCCUGAAGAACAUGUAAAUCAAUCUGUCGGUGAUAAUUAUGAAUUAGUCUGA